CGCCAUUCCCCGGGAGUUCUCUACAGGCUUCCUACGAGCAAUCAACUCACCAGGCCAACCUACGGGCUGCCUCUGACAUCCUUGGAAGUGGUGAGGAGCAGCCCUGUGGCAAGCCAGCAUGUCCACCUCCCUGAGAGUCAGCCCGUCCGUUCACGGCUGUCGCUUCGACACUGCUUUGCGUAAGAAAGCCGUGCCCAACAUCUUUGAGAACCUGGAUCAAGAGAGUCUGGAAAAGCUCUUCAAAAACUCCGGGGACAGGAAAGCCGAGGAAAGAGCGAAGAUUAUCUUGGCCACUGACCAAGAUCUGGAGGAGAAAGCCAGAUCCCUCAUGGCCCUGAAGCAGAGAACCCGGGAGAAACUUUUCCAGUUCCUGAAGUUCGGGAAACAUUCCAUCAAAAUCCACUGAAGAGCCACAAGAGCAAGAUGGUGACCCCAAAAAAUAAUAAUAUUUGCACAGCUCUUCCGCUGGUGUCAUCCUUUGCACUCGCCAGCAUCUCCAACACCUGGUACGAGACGGAGGAUGCUUGGACAUGUCAGUCAUGAGUCGUUCAAACCUCACUGACUGUGCUUGUGUGCUUCUUCUGCGGACUCCAACCUGAACAGUCCAAAGGGAGUCACUCAUCCAAGGAUGAACGCAGCAGAUCCCGAGCCACAAAAGGAUGGAAAAGUGGUGGAACGGACAGCUGCAAACUUUUUCGGGCAACACGGAGGGGAAAGUGACUCUGUACUUUUCUCCUGGACUAAAACGGUCUGCUUGCCUGACAGAUCUUUUCUGGACAUGUGUUUACUGAGUGUGCAACACCUCCCAUAAGGUGCUUUUCUCUCCCCUGCUGGGAUCACAGGAGAUCAGACAGCAAUCCACAUUUAUCCCUUUGCAUUUGCAGAAAAGUGCACCAGGGGAACUGCUUCUCGCCUGCAAGUCAAUUAUUCUCCCGAGAGAGAAAGAGAGAAACUUUUUUCCAGGACAGUGUGUGAAGCAAUCCUGUUUUCUCUUCCAUUUCUUAAAACAAAUUGCACAAACUUUUUUAGAAAAUUUCCUCCUGACUUCCUGAACUAUGAAAAGUCUCUUUGAGACACCACGUUCACUCUUUUUUAUUUUUUUUACUAUUUCUGCCAUAGUAAUGAACUUAACAAGUAAUAAGCUAUGUUGAUGAUGCUGUAGUAACGGGCAUUAAUUUAUUGCAUAUGCUGCAUGGUGGAACCAAUAAAUUAUAAAGUUGAUAUACA